GCCGGGAAAGCAAACACGCUCCUGAAGCCGCGGAGGAGCAGAAGUGAGAUCGAUGUGAGAGCGAGUGUGUGCGGAGAGAGAGCUGUCACCUGGAGCCCGCCGACCCGGAGCGCCUCUUGCCUCCUGCCUCCUUCCUCCUUCCUCCUUCCUCCUCCUCCUCUCAGGAGCUACGACCCUUCAGGAGCGCUCGCUGUAGCUCAGAUUCUGCUGGGACGUCCGAGUCCGCACGGCCUCCUCCGGGCAUGGACAGGCCACCGUCUGACUGAGAACCGGACUUUUCCCUGCUCCGUCCUGAAUCAUGGAGAGUUGACAACUUUGAGUGGAAGCUGACAAACCGCAGUGUGACAGGACAAUAAAAGACGACGGCAGCUUUUCUUCAGUUUUAGUAACAGUCCCUGUCAUUGCUUCAAUUCAGGGCUUCUCCAUACCCAUUCACACCCAGCUGCACUUCCUGCUGAUCAUUGUCAUGGCUGCGUAUGGACAGACUCAGUACAGCCCUGCCCUCCAGCCUGCAGGACCAUACACACCAUACACUCACCACACACAGGGCUACAGCAUGCCUUCCUACAACAUUAAAACAGAGGAUGGUCUCAGUCACUCUCCAGGACAGACGGGAUUACUGGGAUACUCGAACUUCGGCGGCACUCCUCCCAGUCAGAGUCUCUACAGCUACUCUCACACACACGGUGCUGGCAUUUCAUCAGGGAUUUUUCAAGGCACCCAUGCAAUCUCAAGUUCAACCCCGUUCAACCCUUCCCAACAAGAGUUUUCAGCAUAUUCAAGCUACAGCCAGAGUCAAUAUUCCCCGUAUUAUAACUCCCAUCACUACAACAGCCCGUACCUAACCAGCAGCAACAUCAGCCCCGCUGCCAUCACAGCUCCGUUAGCCUAUCAGCACCCAGAACACCCUGCGAUGAUGGCCAAUCACAGCCCCGAGUCACACACAGGAGAGUACCACCCGCCUCCCAGCCCGACGACGCCAGGUAAAGAGGAGGGGGUCCCGACACGGAGGGGGUCAGACGGCAAGUUGAGAGGAAGAAAAAGAGUCAGUGACCCUGCUCCACCCCUGGACUCGGAUAUAGAGCGAGUGUUUAUCUGGGAUCUGGAUGAAACCAUCAUCAUUUUCCAUUCGCUCCUCACGGGAACCUUCUCCUCGCGAUUUGGCAAGGAUUCUUCAAAGGCCGUGUCUCUGGGCUUGUGGAUGGAAGAAAUGAUCUUUAAUCUUGCAGACUCCAGACUCUUCUUCAAUGAUCUAGAGGAAUGUGACCAGGUUCAUAUCGAUGACGUGGCUUCAGACGACAAUGGACAGGACCUGAGCACUUACAACUUUGGGUCGGAUGGCUUUCAGAGCCCAGCGGGAGCCGGCUCCCUGUGCCUGGGCUCGGGAGUCCACGGAGGGGUGGACUGGAUGAGGAAGCUGGCUUUCCGAUACCGCCGGGUCAAGGAGGUCUACAACACGUACAAGAACAACGUUGGGGGUUUGCUGGGCAGCCCCAAGCGAGAAGAGUGGCUGCAGCUGAGGAGAGAGAUGGAAGUCCUGACUGAUCUGUGGUUGACUCAUGCGCUCAAAGCUCUGGCUCUCAUUAACUCAAGGCCGAACUGUGUGAACGUGUUGGUGACGACCACACAGCUGAUCCCCGCCCUGUCCAAAGUGCUGCUGUACGGCCUGGGCUCAGCCUUCCCCAUAGAGAACAUAUACAGCGCCACCAAGACAGGCAAAGAGAGCUGUUUUGAGCGUGUGUCUCAGCGGUUCGGUCGCAGGGCCGUGUAUGUAGUGAUUGGAGACGGAGCCGAGGAGGAAACCGUGGCCAAGAAGAAGAACAUGCCAUUCUGGAGGGUGUCCUGUCGGGCGGAUCUGGAGGCCCUGAGCCAUGCACUGGAGCUCGACUACCUCUAGAGGGCGCUAGCAGACAGAUUUUGCCAUCCCACUAUAAACCACGAGAAGCUCCUGAACUCCUGAGUACAGCCUGAGGGCGAGGGCGAAGGCGCCCCCCAGAGACUGAUUCAGAGUGGGUAUUUUCAUUUUGAGCUGCACUCCUGCGGACGUCUUUCCACCACAGCUGAGCGAGGACUGCGAGGACGAACCUUAUCUUUUACUCCCUUGAAGCAAAGUGUUUCGGACCAAAUCGAAGAGACCAGAGUAACACCAGGGACCAAAAACUUCAUAAGUGUCUCCAGGGAAUGGUGGUUACAAGUCCUUUUAUAAACGUGUUCAUCUCUACUUUAUAUAAAUGGUGUCCCACUUUAGUACACAAAGAAAGUGUUGCACUGAAUUCUUAGAUCCUGUUUUGUGAACUGCGUGUUUGCAAUGGUGUUUUUUUUUUUUAAUUUGUUUUUAGAUUAAACUGUGGCCAAUAUUAUUAAAAAACAAAUUCAUAGAAAAAUAGAUUUGCCUUCACUAUUAUUUUACAACUGCUUUUUGCAAACCCGAUUAACAUCUGAUAAUAUUUUAUUCAUAGUUAGAGGCUAUAAGGAAUAGCCUUAUUGUGCCCUUAAAACAAGAGUUAUUUAUUUUGGUAGAAUUUCUAGCACACUUACAUGUUUCAGUAGUUUUCUGCACUAUGCAUUAAAAAGAAAAA